AUGCCAUCGUCAGAAGAACAUGUUAUACAUGUGCCUUGCGCUAGCACUCAAAGCAGUGGCACACCAUCACUUAACUCUAAAGAGAUAGCCACUAUAGUGCGUAAGCUCAGCUUUAGUGGUGCUGGGAUAGACGAGCUAGAAAAUAUAGAGCGACAAAUUAACGACGAGAAGAAGGAGCUAAAACAAAAGCCGCAGCACGAGGGCAUUAUGCUGGACGACAACAAAGUGCAGAUUGUUAUUCGUCUUCGACCACCUGACGAAUCUUCUAGUGGGAUGGAAACAGAUUGCUUUCGCGUUCUGUCGGACGUGACGCUGCUAGCGCAACCGCCCAAAACUUCGCAAUCUUAUCGCUCCACAGGCACAGCCACAAGCUUCCAUUUCUCGCACAUAUUUCGUCACGAAACACAGCAGACAGAACUAUUCGAGGUCACUACAAGGCCCGUGUUAGAUGCAGCUUUUGAUGGAAAAAGCGGCCUUGUCUUUGCGUACGGAGUCACCAACUCAGGCAAAACUUACACAAUUAGUGGUUCAAACGAAGCGCCUGGAGUGCUGCCGCAGGCGCUGCAGUAUGUGAUGGACGAGAUGCCGAAGCGCAAAGACGACGGGAAACGGUUGGUGACCCUUUUGAUGGCUACGUACCUUGAAGUCUACAAUGAGAAUGUGUAUGACUUGCUAUCGCCUGCAGUUCGGAAGAGGAGAGCAUUACGCGUACAAGAUUGUGACGGAAAAAUUGAGGUGCGAGGAGCAGUAAAGAGGCCGAUUAAGACUCUGGAAGAAGGUCUUGAGCUACUAGAAAUCGGUCGAAGGCAUAAGCAAAUGGCCGAAACAAAUUGCAACUCGGAUUCGAGUCGAAGUCACUGUGUAUUCACGCUUCACUUGUAUAGUCAAUUGUCGCGUUUUUCUUUGGAGCUUCGUAGCAAGGUGUCAAUUGUUGACUUAGCAGGAUCAGAACGUGGCUCAAAAAGCGGCGCGACAGGGUUACGCAUGCAGGAAGCCAGCAAAAUAAAUAAUUCAUUGAUGAACCUGAUGCGCUGUUUGGAGACUUUGCGAUGGAAUCAGCAACAUCCGCCGAAUCUGCAAAAGAUGGUACCAUUUCGUGAGUCGAAAUUGGCCCGACUGUUUCAAGAGAAUUUGGUUGGCAAUGAUUACGGUCCAAUUGUGAUGAUUGUGGCUGUAAAUCCGUCUAGUCACGAAUUCGACGAAACUCUGCGCACUUUAAAGUACAGUGCCGUUGCGCGUGAAUUGGUAAGAACACGAACGUCCAUUCCUAGAAAAGCCGCACCGGCAGCCACAUUCUACGACCUGGAUGGUCGGUUGAAAAAGAGAAGUCGGACUUCAGCAGAUCAGCCGGCAGUUUCUAAAUCGUCGAAACCACAUGUGUAUCGAGAAAUUAAAGCGAAUGCCUUACCAUUAUCCGUAGGAUUUCACGCGGAGCAUCGAUUUAGUGUUUGUGUACACUGCCAGAACCGUUCAUUCGCAGAUUUAAAAGAUAAGCCGAAAACAGCGGAGGCAGGAACGUCACCGAUGGAGUCGACAAGAAAUAUUGCCGGAAGAAACUUGCAUUGGGUCAAGCUAGAAGUAGAAAAUGAGGAACUCCGUCAGCAAAUUGCACAAAUUCAAGCAGAAAAGAUGAUUCUGGAAGUCCAAAUUCGCGCAGAAAUUGGCAGCGAAAUGCGCGAACAGUUGCAGCAGAUUCGUGGGCAAUAUCAAAGUAUGCAGCGUUCACAACGCGAGGAUUUGCCAUCUGCACGUAAGAAGCGUGAGCGUCAACAUGUCGAAGAGUGCGAUAAGCUUCGGACUCAUGUGCAAGAAUUACGUGAAAAGGUGAGAGAAUGCGAAGACGAAAUACAACGUAUACACGAACGCCACCAGGCAGAACUUGCACCUAUUACUCGCCACGAUCGUGCAUUCAAUAGUCACCAUAACUGUUCAGGUUAA